AUGGCUGACCCUCUCAGUAUCGCUGGCUCGGUUGCUGGAUUGCUGGCCACGGCGGUCAAAGUGUACAACACCACCUCCAAUUUCGUGUCCAGUGCAAUCGAUGCCCCCGAGUCUGCGAUACAAAUGUUUCAACUCAUUGAAGAGACAAAAAUAACUCUGUCUUCUGUCCACGAGCUGCUUCACUCCCUCGACACCUUCCCCAGUUCCCGCAAAAACAUGAUCCAGCUCGAUCACCUCUCCAUUGUCAUCACACACUCCGUUCUAACACUUUCAAAACUCGAAUCCAUCGUCUGCCAGCAGGAUGGGUUGCGGUCUCGGAUGAAAUGGGCGCUGUGGCACGAAAAGAAGAUUCUAGCUCUUCUUCCCCGGUUGGAGUCUCAGAAGUCAACAUUGACUGUGAUGAUCACACUUCUCAAUAGCGAGACUCAAGAAGAAGCGAGUCGCUCACAAAUCACCAUGUUGGCCAAAGUGGACGAAAUUCUUCAGCAAAACCGAACACUAGCCGAACAAUUGAAGCUGCUCGACAACGGAAAGUCGUGGGACACUAGAUCCGUCAAGUUCAUGGACAACGCGUCCUCAAUAAUCAGCAGACCUGUGUCUACCCAAAGUGUUAUCCACAGAUCCCCUUCAGCCGCCUUUCGGACCCCAGAGUCUUUGGAGGGAUCAAUGAUCAUGACGCUAUCAAAAAGGAAUUUCGAGCUCGACUUGGGUCAAUCGAGGGUUUAUAAACGGGCCCAAGACCGCGAAACAGACAGAUCCUCUUUCACAACAUCCAACGCCCCGACAAGCGCUUGGAGUAUGCUCUCAGGUCUCACCAUCGGCGACAUUUCCACAGUGUCAGCGUUUAGAUUGCCAAUUACUCUCAAGGAUAUCAAUAAAAUUGCACCGGGGUCAACAUUUUCAGGUCUUUUGAUGAACUAUCAAUCUAUGGAAGACCAGACUCGAUCCAAUCCAUUUGAGUGCAGGGACUCACUGUCACGAGCUCCCAUUAGGGACGAAAGAUUGGCAGGGACGUUGCCUUUCAAAUUUGAUGAGUCUGGCGACGUCGCGUACAGAGAGCCCGAAAUUCAACAAGAAGGAUUGACAACUUGCACUAUCAUGAUAGUCGGGGACUCCAAAGCGCUUAAUAGUGAGAUGAUCAAUACUUUCAUCAACCCAACACCAUGGUUAAAACUCGAAAAAGAUGUACAUAUCCCCAGGCGUGCUCACUAUUCUCGAUACGCAGUACGUGUGCGUGGUGAAAUACUGGGCCUUGAACUACACGAUACAACAGGACUAGCAGAUGAUCGCUCUCUCAGGCAACAGUCAUACAAAUGUGACGACGCAUUCUUGAUUCUCGUAGGCGUGGACAGCGCGGCGCGGGUCGAAAUCCAAGACCUAGCGAACGAGGUUUCCAGAGCGCGACCAGACGCCCUUUGUUUUCUGGUUGGGACGUCUAAGAACCGUGGAGCACCGCAUGGCGAUGCUGAGUUGGGACGUAUCGCGAAAUUCUUCCUUGAUCUAAGAAUGAAGGUGUUGUAUUGUGAUGUGCAACACCCGAUGAGCGUUGGACAACUGCUCGCACAGGCCAUUAUAGCUGCGAAUCGUAGAGGCCUAAGGAACUUGCUCGAAGCCCCCACCUCGCCUCAACUAUCCAAGGUUACGAUCGAAUAG